UACUACAUAGUCCAUGGUAACAUAGUAACACAUAGUUUCUGGUGGGUUCUAAAAUCAAAAGAAAAACUGAGAAAGAGUUCUAAGCUUUGUCUGUGACUGGUGAGAGCCAGUAGCGAAAGAAAGUGAAGAUGGCGCUAUGGAUGGAAAAGGGUUCAGAGCCAUUAACCGAAAGCGAAAAAGCAGACCUUGAAGCCAUUGCUGCACUCAAAGAGUCUGCUGCUUUUGAAUUCAAGGAAAAGGGUAACCAAUAUGUGAAGAUGGGUAAGAAGCAUUACUCUGAUGCCAUUGAUUGCUACACAAGGGCAAUUGAUCAGAAAGCCUUGAGUGACUCUGAGACCUCUAUUCUUUUUGCAAAUAGAGCACAUGUGAAUUUGCUUCUAGGGAAUCUUAGACGUGCUCUCACAGAUUCUAAUGAGGCCCUCAAGUUGUGCCCUUCAAAUAUUAAGGCAAUUUAUAGAGCUUCCAAGGCUUCUCUUUCACUAGAUAUGUUGGCUGAAGCUAGAGAGUAUUGCUUGAAGGGUCUUCAGUUUGAUCCCAAUAAUGAGGACUUGAAGAAGCUUGACCGGCUGAUAGGUCUCAAGAUAUCAGAGAAGGAGAAGCACGAGGCUGAAUUCUCCAAGGCCGUUGCGGAGACAAAGGAACUUGCGUCUGUGAUAGAACAUAGAGGCUUGAAGAUUGGAAAGGCAAUGUAUCGAGAACUUAUUGGAUUACGGAAACCUGUGUUGGAUAAAAGUAAUAUCCUUCAUUGGCCCGUUGUUCUUCUGUAUGCAGAGGUUAUGUCCAGCGACUUCAUUGAGGAUUUCUGUGAGACUGACAUGUUUUCGGUUCACCUUGAUAUGGUAUUUGCAGAAGAUCAGUUGUUGUCAUGGGAUGUUGAAACCAACUACAAACGUGAAUUUGUUGAAUUAUACUAUGAGGCUGGUUCUGGAGUUAGUCUAUCAAAGGAAAAACUUCUUCAUUGUCUAUUAGAGGGAACUGCAGCUGCUCACAGGGAAGGUGUUGGUGAUGAAGAGAAAGACACAAUUGAGGAUUAUAAGCAACACACGGGUCCCCCUAAAUGGAUCAAAGUGAACGAAAGGAGAACACUCCACGAUGUUCUCAAAGAGCCUAAUUUCAUCAUUCCUGGGAUCCCAGUCUUCUAUGUUGUUUCAAAGCAAUCCAGCUUUUAUGGCAAGUUCAAAGCUGGGAAGUGGGCACCUCCAAGUAUAUGAGGGAAGCAACAUGUAGCUGAUGUCCAAACAGACAUGUUUUGCAAUAACUAGAUUCAAGAGUUAAUGUCUCAACCUGGAAGUCUUGAAGAUUGCCCUGAGUUCUUCCAACUUUUUGCACUUCCUUUUAAACUAGAGUUACCUGCUAAUUGCAGUUGUUUGGUGAGUGAAAGAUUUCAGGCAGGUCCUAGUGUGUGCCAAUGAUAGUGUUAGAAUACGAGGAACCUCCUUUCAAUGGGUCUAAUUCUUUUGCUCUCUUGUAACCUAGUGAACAAAGUCUAAUUUGAUAUAGCUUGUGAUUUUUUGGUACAUGUAUAAUUUGAUAGGUUUUGUUCUAGACUUUUAUCAAGUUCUAGGUGCAUAAUGUUUUUCAAUUUUCAAUAGGUAGAAUGUCCUAUUUACUUUUUCACUUAGACACACCCUUGGUAAGGGAUAAUUGGUGCAUUCUAGUUUCCAAACGUUUUCUUUAUAAAUAUACCUUGUUACAAUCAUUUGCA